GAGGAAAAGUAAAAUAACAGUCCAAAAGUGUUCUUGUGAAAACGACCUUCAGUUUGACUUGCAAUACCAAAUUUCGUCAAGUAGUGGCGCUUAAAUUCAGCGUAAAGCACGACAGAAAGUGGCACGAGCCUUAACCGACGUUAGCCGGGCCGGAGUCCUUUUCACGCGGCUUCACCUACGGAGGUCAGCUGGUCGAUCGGGUGGACUCUUUUUACCUGUCUGCCUGCCUGGCUCCGAAGGCGAAGAAGAAGACUUCCACAUGCUUCGUUCCUGCGGCCGCACAAGGACUGGCGGUGUCAUGACUAGAGCGGCCCAAUGACGCACUACUCCCAGCUAUCGGCCAAGGCCGCUGCCCUGCGCGUCAUCCACCUGCCGCUGGUUGUGUGCGGCUCUGUGGCACAGCUGCAGGUGAGCGCGGGCACCAAGAAGCUGCUUGCCGCCACAGUUUUUGGUACUGUCUCGCUGCUCUUCCUGGCUCGCCACUUUCAGAGGAGGCGAGGCCGCAAGAAGGCCGCAUCGCCGCAAUGGGAUCAAGCCGGCAUCCAGUUCUUCUCCUCGGCAGCACCGGAGGCUGUCCUCGUUUCGGCGGGAGCCCCCAGGGAGCGUUCCGAGAGUCUAGCGUCUAGUGCUGACACGUCCAGCAGCGGUACCUGCGCCAUAGAGUCCAGCUGCUGGGACCGACUGGGCGAUGCUGAGAUCUGUAGCGUGGUCGCCACUCCUGAGAACCUCUACCUCAUGGGCAUGGAUUUGUUCGAAGAGGCGCUUCGGCGGUGGGAAGAGGCGUUGACAUUUAGGAGCAAGCAGACAGAUGACGACUUGGUCUCUUUGAAGAUGGGAGCUGUGGAUGCUGUCGCUGAGGAGAACAUGGAAGAUGUUAUCAGUGCAGAGUUUAUGCACAGGCUGAAGUCGCUGUUGCAGAGGGCUUACCGCUUGCAGGGCGAGUUCGAGGGCGUGUUGGGGGGCACUUCCGAGCCUUCAUCUAAUGGCAGCAGCCAAGGUAGGUUCCUUUCCACCGCGUGCUUAACAAAUGACUAUAUUGUGGACGAGUAUUUGACUUGUCUGUCAGACAUUUUGUCUCAAGAGGAGCUGGACGACGCCUGUCUGAGAGACAGCAUCAGCAUCGCCUCCACUGACUCCUUUGUGUCUGCAGCUGAGUUGUCAGAGCACAAGGAGCUGAGGAGCAUCUCCACGCUGACUUAUCAUCCCUUCUACGAGGAAGCCUUGCAGAUGGCGGAGGAGGGGAAGAUCUCCUGCAGGGUGCUGCGGACGGAGAUGUUGGAGUGCCUUGGCGACGUGGAUUUCCUUGCUAAGUUGCAUUGCGUGCGGCAGGCGUGUCAGCUUAUCCUGUGUGAAAGAACCACGAGGUUGUUUCUGGCUGACACCGGGAAGAAGAUUUUGUCAUCCAUCAUUGUCAAAGCGCAAAAGAGCCCAAAGAGGUUCGAGGAAGUGUUUGAAGAGAUGAUGUGCUUCCUGGAGCAAGCGGAGCACUGGGAGAACACGGCGGUGGAGUUGGCCACACGUGGCGUUAAGCACCUCAACUUUUACGACAUCGUGCUGGACUUCAUCCUAAUGGACUCCUUCGAGGACCUGGAAAACCCGCCAGUCUCCAUCCAGAACGUUGUGAACAACCGCUGGCUCAACAGCUCCUUCAAGGAGACGGCAGUGGCGUCAAGCUGCUGGUCGGUGUUGAAGCAGAAGCGGCAGCACAUGAAGGUUCCAGAUGGCUUCAUCGCCCGCUUCUACACAUUGUGCGAGCAGAUCAGCCCCGUUUUGGCGUGGGGCUUCUUGGGGCCCAAAAGCUCCCUGCACGACUUCUGCUGCUUUUUCAAGGAUCAGGUGGUGCAUUUCCUCAAGGACGUAUUUGACCUAGAGAAGGUUCGGUACUCGUCCGUGGACAGCCUGGCUGAGGACAUGUUGCACCUGUUGCACCGCCGCUCUGAACUGCUGUUGGCCUACCUGGGCGCAGACUCCCUGCGACCCAACGGCUGCAACGCCGCCAUGCUCAACCUCCUGCCCGCAGCUAUCAUGGAGGCUCGCAUGCAGUGAGUGGUUGUUAACAGCAUAUUUCCAAUCAUGCCAUCACUUUAGGACUUUAUUCAUGCUCUGCGUGAUGAUUGGUGCAGCUAUUGUAUCAAAAUAACCACUAGAUGGAGCUUCAGCUCAUUGAGGACACCCAAACCCAACCACCAUCCUGAACCGGGAGUCCCCGAAUUUUUCUUACACCACUCUUCAUUGAACCAGGACCUUUAUUGCUCAAACACCUGUUGUGAAUUUUGCCGUGACGCUCAUUGUUUGAGAACAGCAACUUGUACAAAAAGUAGUGCAACAUUUAACAGUUGGACAUGUGUAUUCCAAAGUUAAGGUCACAUUAAGGUCACCUGUAAAGGUUUGAAUGCAUUUUAGGCUUGUCCUGAAAUCUAACCUGAAAGCCAAAUAUCCCUUUUUGUGAGUAGUGCAAUUUUGUGUCUUAUGUACAAAUAACCUGGUGUAGUUAUCAUGUAUACACAUACACAGUGAAACCUCCAGUGUCACUGUUGUGACAUUGUCUUUUAAGUUGUUUCCAGACCAAUUCUGUCCUCGGAAAUAAUGUGAAUCAUGUUUGAACAAAGCGAAUUGCCAUACUUGGAUAAGUUUUACACUGCAUUAUACAAUUAGAAAGUAAAACUACUCACCAUUGAAGACACUUGUCAGGCAUGGGCAGUGCAAGACUCUCUCAGCUUGUGCAGUGGUGUGUGUAAGAGAGAGAAAAGCAUUUCUUGCACUUUGCUUACCAUCACUGGUACCAAUUUGGUAAUUCAUAAGAAGGGCAGAAAAAGAUUUGUCUUUUCUCGCAGUUUGGUUUAACUCCAAAAAUUGUAGAGUUUUUGGGGUUUUUUAAACUAGAGAUCCUCUGACACAUUUUAGGGGGGGAAAUGUAUCGUCAAUCAGGAGGUAUCCAAUCAUCGGUUCGAGCACACUGAAUACCAAAUAAGCUGCGCUUUAGUUUAAAUCAUUUUAUCACACUUUAAAAUUGAGUUCAAAUUCAAACAAAUUCUUCACAAAAUGCAUGUUAAAAUAUUUAUUUUAAUACACGUACUCGGUAUAGGAUAUUUUUGGAGUCAUUUGUGGCCUGAAUUCAUUGUAUUCAACUAGAGAUGUUCAUUGUACUGUACAUAGAGGAAAUAACUAUUUGAAGGGCAUUUUAAUGUCUGGUGCAAUAGGUUGACUGCAAAAGAGGGCAAUUGAAAGGGUCAAAAUGUCCACCGAGAGUCCAUUUGGGGCUUGUCUUCACUGCGGCACAUAUGUGUUAACUUUGCGCUGUCAAGAAUAAAUAAAUAGGUCCUGGACAACGAGUGAUGUUCGUGAUUUGUAAAUAAAUGUUCCGGAACUUG